AUUGCUAUAGCAUCACUCUAUGUAUCAGCCACCAUGCACGGCAAGAUCAUCUUCUACGAGGACAAGAACUUCCAGGGUCGCUCCUAUGAGACCGGCAGCGACUGUGCUGAUAUGUCCUCCCAUCUGAGCAGGUGCCAUUCCUGCAAGGUGGAGAGCGGCUGCUUCAUGAUCUACGACCGUCCCAACUUCAUGGGUCAGCAAUACUUCCUGAGGAGAGGAGAGUAUUCUGACUACCAGCGUAUGAUGGGUUUCGGUGACUGCAUCAGAUCUUGCCGUAUGAUCCCCAUGCACAAAGGAUCCUACAGAAUAAGGCUCUACGAGAUGGAGAACUUUGGAGGUCAGAUGCAGGAGCUGGUUGAUGACUGUGACAACAUCCAGGACCGCUACCGCAUGUCCGACUGCCAGUCCUGCAACGUGAUGGAUGGCCACUGGCUGAUGUAUGAGCAGCCAAACUACAAAGGCAAGAUGAUGUACCUGAGGCCCGGAGAGUACAGGAGCUUCAGGGAGAUGGGAUACAAUGGAAUGAGAUUCAGCUCAAUCAGACACAUCAAUGAAUCCUGUUAAGAAGAGAAGUCAAACCUCAGAAAUAAAACCUUUUUCAUAUUCAACAUGGUAUACAGUUUUUUAUCAUGGUAAACUAUUAAUUUGAUUGAAUUGUGAUUGUAUAUUGUGUAAUCUGAAUGCAUAAUAGAGAUGUAAUCUAGACAACUGUUGUUGCUUAUUGAUUGGUUCAGAUGUACCUAAGAGGAACAGGCUCACA